CCGCCCCACGGCGGCACGGCCGGUGUGGGAGAGGCGGGGGAGCGGCGCCUGGCGCUUGUGGUCGGCGGCGGCGGCCUGUCGUAGCGCUGUGUUAAAGCGGGACCGCAGAGGCGGGAAGCAGCCUGCGGAGCUCGGUGUAGCGGGGGCGGCGGGUGCCCGCCGCGCCAUGGAUAACAGGUGCUACGGCUGCGCGUCCAAGUUCACGGUCUUCAGGAAAGAGUGUGGGUGCAAGAGCUGCGGACGGGCGUUCUGCUCUGGCUGCCUUAGCUUCAGCGCUGUCGUGCCCCGCUGUGGAAACGCCCAGCACAAGGUGUGCAAGCAGUGUCACGGAAAACUAACUGGAGAGGGAUCUCAAAGCAGUUCAGCAAAAUGGUCACCACCAGAGAACUACAAAAAGCGUGUAGCAGCUUUUGAGGCUAAGCAAAACCAGCCAAAAGGGCAGCAGAAGGUAGCUGCGAAACCAUGUCAAGCAGGCUCCAGAUACCAUGGAUUCUCAAAAGAGGAUAAGGCUAUUGCAGAGAGACUGGCAAGGCUCAGGGAGGAAAGGAAACCCAAGUCCAUCCCUUCUCAGGCUGAGAUCGAAGCUAGGCUGGCUGCACUCAAGGAAGACUGCCGGGGACCUGUGCCAUCCACACAGGAAAUGGAGGACCGUUUGGCUGUCCUGCAAGGGAGAGACCCUCCUUCUCAGGCUCCCAGGCCAGUGCACCAGCCCCCUGAUACCAGAAGUCUUGCCCAGCAGACAGAUGACCUAUUAACUCAACUAGCCGAAGAAAUUGCCAUUGAGUGUUACAGUCCAGGAGUCCAGCCUCAAGUUGCUAAUGGCCAAAACUUGAAUGAUCUCAAUCGGGAGAGUGAUGAUGGGAUUUGCCCUGCAAAUCUGGACCCAAGACAGCUAGAGGAAGAGAAGAAUAGGCUUCUGGCAGAGGCUGCUUCUGAACUGUGGGAAGAGAACACUAGGCAGGAGAAGAUCCUACAAGUUGCCAAGAGAUUGGCAGCACUCAGAGGCCAGGACCCAGAGAAAGUUACUUUGGAAAACUAUAAGCUCCCUGACAGUGAUGAGGAAGUGGAUGAGGAGGAAGCUAUUCGGAGAGUGCUAAAACAGCUCACAGAGGAAGCAGCCCUGGAUGAAGCAAGUGGCUUCAAUAUACCUCCAGAUCAGAACAGCCAACCAGGACGCUUGCAGCAGAACCUACCUAAGAAAGCAAAACAAAAGAGCCAGACUUCAGCCACCAUGGCUCUUGCCAACUCAGAUGACAGUGAUGAGAAGGAGUUACCUUGGUGCUGUAUCUGCAAUGAAGAUGCCACUUUGCGCUGCCAUGGCUGUGAUGGAGACCUCUACUGCCAGCGCUGCUUUCGUGAAGGCCAUGAUGAGUUUGACCUGAAGGACCACCACACCUCCCGCUAUCAUCUUCCUUGCAAGCAGAAGUGAAUCAUACUCCUCAUGAGCAGAAAAGGAGGUGAAGAACUGGAGAAGACAGGGAGUUGGCCAGAUGGGAAGAUUCAAGGUGGAUUUGCAGACAAAAUGGGUGAUGUCUUGGACAGUUAAAGGAUGUGCUGUAAUCUGAGAGAGGCUUGGAGCACACAACUUCUUGUCCUCAGGAAGACAGCUAGAGGAGUGCUGGCUUUGCAGCACGUGCGUGGGAUAAAUGAUGAUUUGAUAUGAGGAGAAAGAUACAAAUCUUCAAAUACAGACAAUACGGCAAUGUGGGUAGCAGUGAAGACGUGUGUUUAAGCUGGUACUGGCUGACUGGUAAAUAACUUCCUGCUUUCGCUAACAGCUCACACAUUGGUUCAACAGGCAGCAAAGCACUUUGCACUAAAAAAAGCUGUUACAUCUUGAUAACAUGUCUAAUAAGAAUUUCUAAAGCAUAACAAAAUGUAUUUACAGAGGCCUGUGGUUAAAGUCUUCCCUGGGAAUGCCUGAUAACCCUUUACAAUUUGUCAGCCACUUGUAAUGGGAUCUCAGUCCUAGUGCCAUGUUGCUCAGGCAAUAAAAUGAAAGAUCAUGAAGCUGCCAAAAAUGUUUCUCUGGUAUUGCUGGAAAGGUGCAGGGGAGUUGCGCUCCAAUGAUGGUUACUCUGCCUUGAUGGGCAGUGCUGCUUGUGUAGUUGCAGGAUACUUUGUAAAGAUAAUCUGGUAUGGAUGCACUGCGUGUCGGCAGCGGUGACUAUGUAUAAGUUCCGUGUAAUCUGUGAGGGCAGCACAUUGGUCUGUAAGAAUUGUGUUUGUCUAAAAGCAGAGUUUAGCUCUCAUUAUUAGAUGCCCUGGUGGAUUAAAGAUAGUACAUGUUUUAUGCUCUUUA